AGCCUGAUUUUCUAUGGCGUUUUGUGAAAUUGUUAUGUAACACUGAAUAAAUAUAUAUAUAUCUUCUUUUCUACUAUCAGGGAAAUUUACCGAUUUAUAGUUUUAUUAUUGAGGAAGAUGUAAAAUAGUUUUGUUGAUGUGUGUGUGUUUGUGUGUCUGGUUGAUUUGGAUAGGUAAUAGUAGAAUAAUAUGAGGAAAAUAUUGGAUUUAUGUGACUUAAAUAAUAAAUAGGGAAAAUAAUUUGCGAAUUAUUAAAUUGUGAUUUUCUGAAAUUUGUUAUUCUAUAGGUUACCUUUUGAAAUAAUGUUAAUGAAACUUAUUGAACUUUUUUUUUUCUGUUUUAGUAAGUAAAAUAUAGGAAGAAUAUAGGAAUAAAAAUAUUUGUGUAUGUGGAGGAGUUAUGCAAUUUAAAGUGUAUUGGAUAUUAUUAUGAAGGGGAAUUGAUGUUAGGAUUAUUUGAAGAUAAAGGAGUUGAAGAAACAACAAUGUUGGAAAAUUGGUAAAUAAUUAUACUAGUGAAUUAACAGAUUUCAAAUAAGAAAAGGGAAAAAUGGUGAAGAAAUUUAGUAUAGAGGAGGUACCGGUUGAAAAUAACAUUCCAUUAGAGCCUCUCUUACCUCAAGGUGCCAGUAAUGACACCCCUCGUAAACAGUCCUCGGGUAGUGAGGAUAAACAGUCCUCGGGGAGUGAGGGUAAAGAGGUGACUGUAGACAAUACCUCACCGGAACAUUCAUCAGGUAACGUGUCACCUGAACAACAGAAGAGUCCUCAUAAAAAAGAACUUUUACCAACUAUCACCGUGACAACAGCCAAUGGCGACCAUGUGAUCACGAGACUUAAACGAGCAGACGACAAGGAAGGAGAUGAUACGUCCCAGCACAAUGAGCAGCAGUAUUUGGCCCUGGCUGAUGAACUAUCACGAGCAUCUUCCUAUUCUAAUCAAAUGGCAUUGUAUGAGGAUGAUAUACAUCACCAGGGUAAAAUAUCGGCUCUCCUGAAUCGACUGGCAAAUUACCAUGCAGGAAUAGAACCAAAUACUAGCGAGAGAAAGAAAACACAAGCAAAGGCUCGACUAGGAACAUUACUUGGUGUAUAUUUGCCAUGUAUACAGAAUAUUUUCGGAGUGUUGUUGUUUAUCCGUAUGACAUGGAUUGUUGGUAUGGCGGGAGCUAUAGAGGGGUUUCUUAUUGUUAUAGUCUGUUGUAGUUGUACAAUGUUGACAGCUAUAUCUAUGAGUGCCAUUGCAACAAAUGGUGUGGUACCAGCGGGCGGGUCCUAUUUCAUGAUCUCUCGAGCCCUUGGACCCGAGUUUGGAGGAGCUGUAGGGAUACUGUUCUAUCUAGGGACCACAGUGGCAUCUUCUAUGUAUAUUAUAGGAGCCAUUGAAAUUCUUGUGACAUACAUGGCACAGGAGAUUUCACUGUUUGGGGAUGUAUCAGUACAGAGUAAUGCGUUGAACAAUUACCGUGUGUACGGUACGGCCGUUCUUUUACUACUUGGUAUCAUAGUGUUCAUUGGUGUGGCGUUUGUGAGCAAGUUUGCGACAUUAUCUCUGGCGUGUGUCAUCUUGUCUAUACUGUGUAUAUACAUCGGAAUAUUUGCCGCCAGUCCUGAUCGUAGCAUGCAGAUUUGUUACCUGGGAGACAGGUUGCUAACGUCAGAUUCUGUGACAGUGGAUGGUGUGAUGAUGUGUAUAAAGAACUCGACAGGGCCGAUAUAUAAGAAAUUUUGCCAUCUAGACGGAAAUGAGACAACAUGUGACCAAUUCUUUAAAGAAAAUGUGGCCUACACUAAACCUGGUAUUCCAGGACUUGCCAGCAAUGUCUUUCAAGAUAAUUUACACAACAAGUACACGUAUUCUGGUAACAUAAUAGGACAGAAGAUUGCAGGAGACCGUGAUCGUGGUGAAAUUAUUGCAGAUAUCACGUCAUCUUUCAUGGUUCUACUGGCCAUCUACUUCCCGUCUGUCACAGGUAUAAUGGCUGGUUCUAACAGAUCAGGUGACCUUGAGGAUGCCCAGAAAUCUAUUCCAAUAGGAACAUUGUCAGCAAUAACAACAACCAGUAUUGUCUACAUAACAUGUACUUUCUUCUUUGCUGGAACAAUAGAAGGUGAUUUACUGAGGGACAAACUUGGUGAGAGUAUUGAUGGAGGUUUGGUUGUAGCGUUCCUGGCUUGGCCGACAAAAUGGGUGAUUCUGAUUGGCUCUUUCCUAUCAACUGUUGGAGCAGGUCUCCAGUCACUUACAGGAGCACCAAGGUUGUUACAGGCCAUUGCUAUGGAUGGAGUAAUUCCAGUGAUCAACUUUUUCUCUGUGACCACCAAGCGAGGAGAACCUUUCAGAGCAUUAUUACUAACACUGGCUAUAUCUGAAAUAGGGAUCCUCAUAGCAAAUCUAGAUGUGGUCGCACCUGUUAUAACUAUGUUUUUCCUGAUGUGUUAUGGUUUUGUGAAUAUGGCAUGUGCACUGCAGACCCUGUUGAGGACUCCUAGUUGGAGACCAAGGUUUAAAUUCUACCAUUGGACUCUAUCAUUAGUAGGUCUAGGACUAUGUGUGGUAUUGAUGUUUAUAUCCAGCUGGUAUUAUGCUAUCACUGCCAUGGCUAUAGCAGCAUUUGUCUACAAGUACAUUGAAUAUAAAGGUGCUGAGAAGGAAUGGGGAGAUGGUAUACGAGGUUUGGCUAUGUCAGCUGCCAGGUACUCUCUCCUGAGAGUACAACAGGGGCCGCCACAUACCAAAAACUGGAGGCCUCAAUUGUUAGUGUUGUUUAAACUAGAUGAUCAACUACAGCCAAAAUAUCCCAAAAUGGUGGAAUUUGCUGCACAGUUAAAAGCUGGGAAAGGAUUAACACUAGUAACGAGUGUGCUGGAAGGAAAAUGGACAGAAAGAUAUGCAGAUGCUCAGGCUGCCAAACAGAAUCUACAGAAAGUGAUAGAUCAGACAGGAGUGAAAGGGUUUGCUGAUGUUGUUGUCACAGAGAGUGUCACCAGUGGACUCUGUCAUCUAGUACAGAAUUCAGGUUUAGGAGGUCUCAGACACAACACAGUAAUGUUGGGCUGGCCAUACGGUUGGAGACAUAACAUAGAUGAAAGGAGUUAUAAAGUCUUUCUUGAUACUGUGAAUAAUAUUGGUGCAGGACAAAUGGCGUUACUUGUGAUAAAGGGAGCUACUCAUUUCCCAUCCAGUUCAGAGAAGUUGAAGGGUACAAUAGAUAUAUGGUGGAUAGUUCAUGAUGGUGGUUUACUGAUGUUGCUACCAUUCUUGCUAAAACAACAUAAAACCUGGAAAAAUUGUAAACUUAGGAUAUUUACUGUAGCUCAGCUUGAAGACAACACUAUACAGAUGAAGAGUGACUUACAGAAGUUUAUGUACCAACUUAGAAUACAGGCAGAUGUUGAAGUCGUAGAAAUGGCAGAAAGUGAUAUAACAGCUUACACAUACGAGAGAACAUUGAUGAUGGAACAGAGGACAGAGAUGUUAAAGAACAUGAGAGUUGGUAAAAUACAACCACAGACUAUUGUAGAUAAUAGCCGAGCCUCACUUCCUGAAGUCAAAGUGAAGUUAGACACGGUGACUGAAGAAUCUACUACAGAUGAGGAGAAGUUGUCAGAGAGAAAUCAGUAUACAUUCUCACCCAACUUUAGACAGGAAGGUGUGUCCAUGGAGGAAAUGGCCUCCUCCAUCAACAAAAAUGUCCUUGAUAUUAAACCAGAUCAAAAGAAUGUACGUAGAAUGCACACAGCUGUCCGUCUAAAUGAGGUGAUAAUACAGAAAUCUCAUGAAGCCAAACUUGUGAUAUUGAAUCUUCCAGCUCCACCAAAGAAUGAGUCAGGUGAACUGAACUACAUGGAAUUUUUGGAGGUUCUCACUGAAGGUCUAGAUAAUGUGCUGAUGGUAAGAGGAAGUGGAAGUGAGGUCAUCACUAUCUAUUCAUGAUGUCAUCAAUUUAUGUGUACCAAAAAGAUUCAAGCAAGGUCAUCACUAUUGAUUCAUGAUUUCAUCAGUUUAUGUGUACCAAAAAGAAUCAAGCAAGGUCAUCACUAUUCAUGAUGUCAGCAAUUUAUAUGUACCAAAAAGAAUCAAGUUAGGUCAUCACUAUUUAUGAUAUCAUCAUUGUGUGUAACAAGAUUAAAAGUGUUUGCUGUACUCAUGAUGUCAUCAGUUUGUGUGUACCAAGAAGAUGGGAGUGAGAUCAUUGUUAUGUUCAGGAUGUUUAGGGUAGAUCUAGUUUUAGAUAUUUUACUUUUAAGCUACAUAAAAACAUAAUUUCAAUUUUAGUUCACAAGUUUCCUUGUUGUUUCGGUGGGAAAUAAGACAAUUAGGGAACAUUGAUAAUAUUACAUUAAAAACUCUUGCGUAAUAAGGAAAAUGUGAGAAAUUGUGAACAAUCAGAUAUAAAUUACACAUAAAGUAAUAGAUCUAGUAAAAUAGUAGUAUCUUGCCCUUUGCGGCAGAUGUUAUUAGUUUGUGUAACAAGUUUAUGUGUACUAAGAAGAUGAAAGUGCAGUGAUUUUUCACCUUAUAUAACUGAGGCUUAUAAAAGGCCUCUUUCCAAUUGAAUUUUUCUUUGAAAUCAUAUGGUUUUCCCAAAAAUCUGAACUUACACCAGCUUUUUUACUUUGCAAAUUGGAAAUUUUAGCUACAAAUUUUCUCAAAAGCUAAGGCCUCAUCCCAAUGAAGUGAGAAAAAUCACUGAACAGAUGUUGUUGAGCUAUAAUGAUUAUGUUGCAGUUUUAUAUGUACCAAGAAAGAAAAUAAGGUCAACAUGAAAUUAGAGUUUGACAUGCAAUAAUGUCUAUUAAGAUUGUUAUAACCACUGAUUUGUUAUAGCACCUUGUUUUUAUCUCUAUAAGAAGUGUUGGUCAAGUUGUACAAUGGUUAAAGCAGCAUGCCUCCAAAUUCAUACCAAUUUUCAUAAAAAGUUUGAAAAUGUAUUAAAAAGUAAAAUAUUUAAAAGUGAACAAAGAAAAAAAAUAACACAUUGCAAAUGACACUUUCAAUCCAUGUAAAUUACCAAAUAAGUGUCAGAAUAUUCAAAAACACUCUUACUGUGUUAGUCAUGCAUUAGAAAUAAGGUGAUAAAUACUUCAAAAUCAGACAUUUAUUGCAUGUAAAAUGUAAAUAAUUAUAAGAAUUAUUAAAAUGUGAUCUUUUAUAAAAUCUUAGAAUUUUUUUCUUAAAGUUGUUUUUGUCAAAAAAUUUGACUCUUCUGGAGGCAUGCAGCUUUAAUGGUAUAAAAAUAAUAUGAAGUAAAAAGAGGGAAAUGAAAUAUGUUUAUUAUUUUGUGAAGUAAAAUUUUUUAGUAAUUUUUAUGCACAUAUAUCACUUAUUUAUUGACUGUUUAGCAUGUCAUAAUAAUUUUAUGAUGACAUAAAAUCUUGUAAUGUCCCUGUAAUAGGUUGCUCUCCCCUCCUACCACCUGCCAAACAAUUUUAAAGUGAUAAAGUUACUUUUAAUUGUAAAUAUUUAGAUAAUUGAAAAAUACAUUUGUGAUCAUGCUUAUUAUUUUUACUAAUCUGAAAGUCUUACAAUCCCAGUAUUUUAAAAUAAAAUUGAUUUUGUCCCUAGGUUUUUAAUAUAUAUCAGUAAAAGAGUCACCUUUUAUGCCAUGUCCUUUGGAAUAAUUUAGUCUGGUUGUAUUUUACAUGACUGCAUUUAUGAGGGUACCAAGAAAUCAUUAUACAUGUAAAAACAUUUUUUUAAAGAUCUGAUGAUUGGUUUUUGUUUACAAGUUUCAAGAUAUUAAAAACUAAUGUGAUUUUUAACAUGUCUCAAUAACUUUGAAAUGUUUCUUUGAAAUGUAAAUAUUUUCAAAAUAAUCCUGUUUAAGUACCCCUGUAUUUUUGUUGUUGAUUUUUUUAACAAAUAUAAAAGUGAUUUAUUCUUAAACACGAGGUUGUUAAUAUGACAAGUUUUUUGUAUGAUUAAAUAGAUCAUAAUUGAUUGAUAGAUUGAAAGCAUUUAAUUAUCUUUGUGCCAUUUCAUUGGGUAUUUGAACUAAAUUUAGUUGAGACUUCUUAAUAAAUCUGCUGCCAGUGUUAUUUGUAACUUUUAUAAUUGAAGUGAGCACCCUUUUAACUAGUUAAGUGUUCAUAACAUAUUUUAUUUUGAAGAGUAAAUAACAUAAUAAACAACAUGUAUCAUAAAUUAGGAAAUUAAACUAAUAAUACAAACCGACUUUUUAUCAGUUAUUUUUUUCUUUUGUUUUUUAAAACUAUAGUCAUGACAAAACUGUGUUCAAAUGAUUUGGGGAUGGUUGUUUAUUAAUUGUUUUUUUAAGGUUACGUUGAAAUGUGUCGUUUUUUGUUUUUUUUUGUAUAAAUGAUGUUGUUUCUGGAAAUGAAGCAGAUGUUUUGGUAUAUGAAAUUGUGUUUUAAAACAGGAGUAAGGCACUGGUAAUGCUUUUACAAGAGAAGGAAAUUAUUUUGUUUAAUGGAACUGUGUAAAAGAUGUCAAGAAAAAGGAUUCUUUUAACAUUUUAUAGACAUUAUUGAAUUUAACAGGUAUCAAAUGUCUUUUUGUCUAAUCAUAUUUUAUUGCUAAUAUACACAUGUGAAUAUACAGAGAAACAAAUUGAUUUUGAAAUAACAAAUAGCAAAAGGGCGGGGCCCAAGUUCUUACAACAUUAGCAAUCGGUUCUUCCCCUCAAAUGUCUUGAAGUGAAAAUGUAAAUAUGUAAAAAUGUAUUAUGUUAAUGAAUGUGAGACUGUUGACUUUAAACAGGAGUAUAAAAAUGUGUUUGCUUACAAGAAUGAAAAAAAACAUUAUGUUCAUUUCAAUAAUUUAGAUUACUCUAUGUUAAGUAAAGAAUGUGGAGUUUACAUGAAUAUGACAACUUAAGAGUACUGUUUACAUGAAUAGGACAAUUUUAGAAUACUGUUUAUAUGAAUAUGACAAGUUUAGAAUACUGUUUACAUGAAUAAAUGGAGUUGUGUUCCUAUUAGGAGAGUUAAUUUAGCUCUAUAUUGAUGUUAAAUUGUUGUUAAUUCUACAUGUCAAAAACAUACAUUUGUUGUAUAAAUUUGUGAUAAAGCUAUAUUUUAUUGUUUAGUGUAUAUACUGCAUGCAGCUAGUCUGUGUCUAUUAUUGUGUUAUUUUAUUAUGCUUUAUUAUGUAUAUAUAUCAUGUGUGAAAAGUAACUUUCUUUGUUCAGUUUACUGGCAUAUAGUAACGCUUCCAUAUUGUCUCUUCCAGUAAACACAGUAUCUAGACAUAUUUUUGUACCAUUUUGCUGUUUUAAACUAGCACACUUUGUGAUAUUUAUUCCUGUAAGAAUUGUUUUAAAAAACUACGGCAUUUUGUCUGUCAUUAUAUUGGUUGCAUGUUGAAGUUAUCAAGCAGUGGGAGCCUGUAGGUUAAUCAAGUUUUGACCAUUAUUGAAUCUCUAUAACUUUGUUCUAGAUCUAAUUAUUCAAGAAUUAUGUUAAAAAAUUGACUUUGUGUAGGUUAUUUGAAUUUAAUUGGAAGUUAAUGAUCUUGAUAAAAUCAGAAUUUCAUGUACAUAAAAAAUAUUGAGUGAGACUAAAAAAAAGGAUUGGAGCACCACACUUAAAAUCGUAUGCCGGUAUAUACCGGACAAGGCGCUUGAACGAUAAAAUGCCAAAAUCUUGCUUUUUCACCCAACGGAAUGAACUUAAAAACGUCUAUUUCAUCUUUUCACACCGAUUUAUGUCUGAUAAUUAAUGAAAAAUGUAAAAAUCGGCGAAAAAACGAUAUUUGUCUAUUUUGUGAUCAUGAUUUCUGCAAGUGUCUACAGGUACUGCUCCAUUCCUGUAUUGAGAUAAAUCAAAAAAUAUGACAUAUACUAUAUUUAAAAUUUUGUGUUCAGUGGACAAAAGUAGCAGUCAAUAAUAGUUUAUGAUGAAAAGUUUAUUGCAUAUAUACAUGUAGCUUGUACAGUGAAACAGUGAAUUUGACCAUAUUAUAAUAAACCACAAACAGUGAAUUUGAUAUUUUGUUGAAAGACCCUGGUAAACACAGUUAAACAAUUUGUAUGAUGUAUCCAUAUAAUAUAAUAGAAUUAUAGAUUAAAUGAAGCCAGUAUUAUAUAUAGAUACUUGGUCCCGCACAUUAUUUACUUUACCUGCAUUUAUUUGUUGUUCCUAGUGGCAGGGCCAUGCAUAUCUUGUGUUCCGAGAAUCUUGUGUAUUGUUUUAAUAUACGCACAUACAUUGUAUUUGCUAGAUGAAAGUAUUAUUAUAGCUUAUAUUUUCAUUUUAUAUAGGGAAUUUUUUUUAUGUAUUUUGUUUAUUUAGUUUUAUAAAUGUGUUCUAUAGCAUUGUGGGGUUUUAUUUUUUUGGUUUUUAAUAAUCUUAUUUUAAGUUUGUAUUUAUUAUUUAGUUGUAAUGCUGCUGCAAUAAAUUGUUGUUGGUUUUGUUUUUGUAAUUAUGUAUUUAUUUUUCUUCUGUUGAAAUUCAACAAUUUAUAGAUUAAUUAAGGUGAUAGAUUAGAGCAAGGGUUUUAUUUUAAAAGUAUGAGUUUAAAUCAAACUGAGGUGUUUUUAUACUCAUUAUAAGUUGUUAAAUUAUUUAAUAUUGGGGAAAAAAAGUUAAGCUGAUUAUAUUUGGUACAUGAUGUCAGUUAGAAACAUACAGAGCUUAUAUGUUUCAGUAUAUACCUUUAAGUUUAAUAACAUUGUUAUAUAAUGAUAGACAAAGUCUUUUCUACUGAUAUUUCAAAUGGUAUCAACUUGUUUAUUUUGUUACCUAU